GUAGUUGCUCGACACUGGAUCAUAUAAUUUUAUCCCGGAGAAAAUGCACCGCUUACGUCUCAGUUUUCUUUUGCUGAACUAUAUUCUGAUGAUAAGUCUUUCCCAAGGAUUCACGAGUUUUGAAAGGCGAACUGAUUUUGAUAAUCUGUGUCAAAACAUCUGGAACUCAGCCGCAAACAAUCUAAGAAUCGGUCAAGAAAUAAUUCUGUAUUCUGGAGGAGAGACCAAACCUUUAAUCACUUUGACAAAACAAGGAAAGGGAAAGGUACAAAAGGAUGUUUUUGUUAAAUUUCAAGCUUUGUUAGACAACUACGAAGCAGACGAAAAUCUCCACGAGAAGCCUUCUGUUGCCAAACAACGAGAGGAAGAUGCCUUCAUCGACACCAUCACUAAGACCAAUGGAGGACCGAUGCAGACUGUUUUCGAAUAUCUGAAAAAUGAUGGCAAAGUUUCUAUGACAUGUAUCGACCAAUUUAAGCCAAUCCUGAAGGAAAUGUGGUUCGAAAAAUAUGCUAAGAGAGGACAAGGCCUAAAAUCAUCUGGUUUUGAACACACUUUUGUUGGAGAACUGGGCUACAGCAGAGGUACCAAGGUCACCAAAGGCUUGCACAAUUGGUUCCAGUUCCUUGCAGAGCGGACAUCGGGAAGGUUGACAUACCAGCCUCCACUUAUUUCCAAAGAAGUUUCUAUCGAACCUGCCUUGGUGAGAGCGAGGUUUCAAUGGAUGGGGAAAAAAAAGCCUCCAGGCAGCAGCUUUUUCGUGGGCACCAGUCCAGAUUUUGAGAUGGCUUUGUACACAGCUUGCUUCUUUGAGGGAAGUUCCUGCUCGUGCAAAAUCAACGGGAAACAACUGCGCUUCAAAAUCAUCAAGUUCAACAAUAAAAGGAAUAUCCUCACAGCAUACCCAACAGUUUGACAACAUGCGUCAGUGGGUACCCUGGUAGAGUCCUAGUCAUUAAAUUUCCAUGGCAAGCAAAUCAUGUGAAAAAAUGAGUGUUUAGAGUCAUAAGAAUAAACAAAUGUCAUUC